AUUUUGUUUCUAACUAAAGAGAAAAAAGAAUGGUGGCGCCGGAAAUAUACUCUUAUCUUGACGAGCCUCGUUGGUGGAUCGGCAUGACAACAAGCGAGCCCUUUACCCUUUUGUUUUCUGCUACUUCCAGUGUUACUUGGUGAGAUUGCCAAUUUCGCUUCUUAAGCAUUUGCAUCGGCUAUACUUGUCACUCCUCUAGGCGCACUCAGUAUCAUUAUCAGGCAAGAUAAUCUACUCAUGUCUCGCUCUUCACCUGUUUUGCUUUUUCUUAUACACUUUUUUCUUGCUUUGAAUCACAGUGCUGUCUUGGCUCAUAUCAUAUUACGGGAGAAACUACACAUCUUUUGAGUUCUUGGCUGUGCUUUAUGUGUUGUGGGUUCCACUACAAUUGUCAUGUCUCUCAAGAACAAGAAAUGGAUUCUGUGCUUGAAGUUUGGAAUCUUGCAACAGAACCAGGUGCGUUGUAUGAAUGGGACUGUGAUGCUCUAUUGUAUGAGAGAUAGAACUUAAACCAUCUCAUGAUUUUCAUCAAGUUUGUUGCAGCAUUCAUGUGCUAUGGGAGCCUGAUCAUUGGGGCUGCUGUAUUUCUUAUUAUACGUUUCUGCCCCCAAUAUGGUCAGGCAAACGUCAUGGUCUAUAGUGGUAUUUGUUCCCUUGUGGGAUCAUUAUCGGUAAUGAAUGUAAAAGCACUUGGAACAACUCUAUAGGCUAUAUCUGUGUGACAAGUGACAACCCAGUUGAACUACUUAAACAAAGCUCUUGAUACAUUCAAUACAGCUAUAGUAUCUCUCCUGUACUACGUUCGCCGGUAAUAUUACCAUUGCGUAGAAGCAAGCAUACUGAUAAGGAUGGGUUUGAAUCAGAAGACAUUCCACUUAGACGCCAAGAGUCCCUGGGGUCACCAUAAAAGCGUUAUUAAUUGUUUCCUAGCCUAACAACGGCAAGCCACAAAGCCUCAACUUUUUUCCCCUUGUCUCGAUUACCAAGAACAUGGACCUUGGUUCAAGAAGAUCGACAAAAGUAAAAAGGGGCAAAGAGGACGAGAUCUCAGUCCAGCUCAUGUUCUUUUUGGUAAAUAUGCUGUGAGCUCAUCAAACGUAGGGCGUUAGUACACACCACCCACGCAUAAACCCUUUUCUGACCUCUUAAGAUUGUAUAAACAGAGCUCGGUUUUGCCUAAACUGGUCUUCUUACAAGCAUAUAACUGAAUGUUUUGAAUUCAAGAUUUGCAUCUCUGAUGUUUUAUUAAUUUAGUCUUCUACAGUAUUUUUUCCUUGGUUGGUUAGUACCAUUUGAAAAAAAAAAAAGAUAGUUAUAAAGCACAUGUUUAGUCAAUUGUUGAGGAAAGACUAUCUUGAUGAGCUGGAGUUAUAACGUUGUUGAUAAUAGAUAGAGCCAACGUUUUAUAGUCAUCUAUUCCUCAAUCAAUCACUCCGCUGGUUGAUGAGAUGUCAAAUUGAAACUGCGUUAAGUCACUCUCAUAACUCUUUUUAUACGUUUCAUAACUUAAGAGAGUUAAUCAUCAAUUUAGGCUGUAACUGGUAAAUCAAAAAAGGAAUAAAUGGAACAGAGAGAAAUUGAAUAAGGUGACUGGAAUGUAGAUUGUUAUGAAAUUUGAAAAUGUGAACAUAAUGCAUUUAAUUAGAUCAGAUAUACUGGAUUUAGAGCCCUAUAAAAAUGGUGUCGAAUUAAUAAAGAAAAAAAUUACAUGAAAUUUUUAGUAUAGCGUAGGUAGAAUCUUGAGACGUGGAUUUCCAUUAAAUGGUUCAAAAUGGUGAAAGUAAAACCUUUAGAUGUGAUCUUCGUAAGACAUAUAAUUAUCAGUUGUAAAAUGGUUUGUAAUAUUUCUCAUAUUUUUUUUUUUUGUAAACUAAUAUUUCUCAUAUUUUGAAAUUAGAUAAUAAAUCAAGUGUAAAAAAAAGAACUUUCAACUUGCACAUUUAUGUAUAUGUAAUCCGAUUUGCAAUUAGUAAUGGAGGACUAUAAAUAUAAACUACCUAAACUGGAAAAUACAGUUGCCUGAUUGAGAGUUAAAAAUUGUUUAGACUGAAAACUUACCGUUGACUUUUGUAACUUGUUGUAGCAGUUGAACUACAAAAAGAAAAGAGAAAAAAAAAACAGAGCAACGAAUCCAACAUCACCAACAAACACACAAACUGUCUGUCCUCUUGUCUUAUUCGUCAUCUCUUCUGCUCUUCUCUUGAUCCUUGAGAAUGGCUCUGAACAGUGAGUCUUUGGAAGAAUUUAGUUUUCCAUUGCUUGCUUCCCAAACUUCCGGCACCGAUUCACCUCCACUGUGGAAACACUCGCCGGAGAAAACCCGCCGGGGAUAUGAAGACGGGAGAUUAAUCAUCGGAAGAUACGAUGAUGACAGUCAGAGGAAGAGCUUCUCUUAUGUGGAAACGAGAAGUCUUUGGAACGUUAAUGCAGAGGAGAAAAUGGAUAUGUUGUGGGAAGAAUUCAACGAAGAACCGCCGCCGCCGCCGAGAAGCCAGAGUCUCAGGAUCUAUCUCGGCGGAGAUAAGAAAUCGUCUUUGUUUCCCGACGAGAGCUCCGCCGUGGGGUGCGGUAUGAAGUUAACAAAGAAGAGACCGUCAACGAAGAUGAAGAUGAGUACGAACGUGUUGGUGUUAAUGAGGGUAUUGAAGAAAAUUCUUGUUAUUCGGAGUUCGUUUCAGAGAUCACUAGCGAAGACUCAUCCACGGUGAUCUCACCGUGAUAAUUUUUGAUUGAGGGGUUUUUAUGUAGAAUUCAUAAAUUACGGGGCUUUUGUUGAGAACAAAAAAAUAAAAUAAUAGCCUGAAAAAAUAACAUUUGUAGUUUGAUUGGUUCACAACAGUUAAUUUUCGAGACCUGAAUUUUAAGAACAUAUAUGGAUUUGGGAGUUUUUUA